AUGGCGUCCUCAACGUUUCGAGAAUCCAUGAAUUCCUUGGGGUGGUCCAGAAGAGACGCCGACGUCCCGGCCAAUACCUCGUCAUCCAACCCGUUGUUGUCCAGGAUCUCGUCGCUCAAUCCAUUUGGAAGCAAAGGCUACGUCCAGUUACCCACACACGAGUCCCCUGGAGCACCACUACCGGCGCCCACGAGGAGAGAAGAAGAAGAGGGGUGGUUCGCAUUAAGCCGAUGGGAUCGUUUGUUGAUCUUCGGGGGCUGCAAUCUGGCAGCGCUGGCAUGUUUUGUUAUCUGCUUCGUGCUGCUCCCGGUUCUGUCCCUGAAGCCACGAAAAUUCGCGAUCCUGUGGUCCGUCGGCUCCCUGAUGUUCCUCGCCUCCUGGGCUGUCUUGAUGGGACCGAUACAAUACGCAACACAUUUGCUCUCAGGCCCUCGUCUACCAUUUACGGCCGCUUACUUUGGUUCCAUCAUCAUGACCAUCUAUUUUGCUGUCGGUCUCCACUCCACCAUUCUCACUCUAUUUUCAUCGAUUGUGCAACUCGUCGCUUUGGUGUGGUACUUAGUCAGCUACUUUCCCAUGGGAAGCAGCGGGUUGCGGUUCGCGGCUAGAAUUGGCUCCAGUCGAGUCACCGCGUGGAUGAACGACUGA